GAACGAAAUGACAAGACUCGAUGGCAAGCGCUUGGUGCAAAGUGCUAAUGAAGCGGAUAACUGGUUACUGGGUUGCACUACACCACUACACUAUCCGACGAAUGGCCAACCUAUAACGAUAACACUCUACUCUCUCUGCAAUCUUCCUUCUCAUCUCCACCAAUGGGCCUUCAACCUCGUCAAACGCAACCUUUACGAUCAAUACAUAGCGGCAAAAGAUACAGGAUGGUCUGAUGAAGACAAACUGGCUGAAAUGAGUGAAGAACAUGCGAUGUAUCUUAUCGCUCAGGCUUCCGACGGACAAUUAGCGGGGUUCCUCUAUUUCCAGUUCGUGAUGGAGGAUUAUUGUGCGGAUGAUAUUGAAAGUGGAGAGGAUUCAAGUGAUGAUAAAGAGGACGAGCAAAUCCCUGUUAUCUAUUGCUACGAACUUCAACUAGAAAGCUCCUUUCAACGAAAGGGUCUAGGAGCUCAUCUCAUGCGAAUAUUAGAAGAAGUCGGUCGAAAAUAUCAUAUGGAGAAAUCCAUGUUGACCGUUUUUAAAAGCAACGAGGCGGCGAUCACCUUCUAUCGCAAGCUUGGCUACGAUGUGGAUGGAAUCUCACCCAGUAAACACUUACCUCCUCGCCGGGCAGCGAGAAUAUCCUAUGAGAUAUAUAGUAAAUGUUUACGUCAAGAUUCAUAAAAAAUUGUUGCGACCGAGAAGUAUGCUCGUCGCAAUGACGGUAAA